AAGCGAACCAGGGGUGGAAUGCACACUCUGCACGAGCCGCGACUUUUACAUACACACACACGCACACGCACACACACAUAGACACACAUACACACACAUACACACACUCCUACACACACACACUCACGUUUAUACACACACAUGCAACUUUAUAUCGUUAAAUGUAACCUAAUGUAGAGAUAUUAAAUAUGGAGCCGAUGGCCCUGAUUUAGUCAUUUAUUGGCGUGAAACCGAUCACCGACUGAGCCUCCCGGUAUUUUCCUUUUUUUCCGGUGUUUUUUUUUUCUUCAAUUUUUUUUGUUAUGAGGUGAGAAUGAGCACGAACUCGCAGGACAAGUGCGCGAGCGCUCCGGUUUCCAGCUUCACCAUCCGCUCCAUCCUGGGCGCACCGGCCGACACGGGAAGCUCCGGGGACGCGGAUAACAAGAGCCCCACGGCGGCGACCCCGCGGAAGCGCGCGCUCUCGGUGUCCGUGUCCUGCUCGGAGGAUGAGGCGAGUGGAGCGGAGGCGGAGGACGCGGCGGACUGCUGCUGCUCUGAACCGGGACUUCCGGAACCAUGCAGCCGGCACCGCGCGCUCACGUUCCCCUGCAUCGGUGCGACUAAAACUCUUCUCCCCGGACCGGAGAUGGAUCGCGCGCACCAUCAUCACCUGGCACAGUCGUUAUUACCGGAUUACCGGGAUGAGCAUCAGCGCGAGCGGGAGAGGGAGCGCUCGUGCGGCCGGGGAUCUCCCGUUUCCGCGGAGCAGCAGCAGCGCGAGGGAGUGGAGAAGCAGACCGGAGGUGCAGGAGGAGGCGGCGGCGGUGGAGGUGCAGGAGGAGGGAGCUCGGCGAAGAAGAAGACGCGCACGGUGUUCUCGCGCAGCCAGGUGUACCAGCUGGAGUCCACAUUCGACGUGAAACGGUACCUGAGCAGCUCGGAGCGCGCGUGCCUGGCCUCGAGCCUGCAGCUGACCGAGACCCAGGUGAAGACCUGGUUCCAGAACCGCAGGAACAAGUGGAAGCGACAGAUCUCCGCCGAGCUCGAGGCGGCCAACGCCGCGCACGCGUCCGCCGCGCACGCGCUCGUCGGCGUGCCGCUCGUGCUGCGGGAGAACUCGCUGCUGCGCGUGCCCGUGCCGCGCUCCAUCGCGUUCCCGACGCCGCUCUACUACCCCGGAAGUAAUCUACCCCCUUUGCCCUUGUACAAUCUCUACAACAAAGUCGAAUAUUAACUUUACACGCAGCACAAACAAUUACCUAUCUUCAUCAUCAUCACCACCAUCAUCAUCAUCAUCAUCAUCACUAGCAUCAUUAUUAUUACUAUAAUUAAUUAUUAUUGAGAAAAAAAACAAGAAUAUGGUUGAUGGAAUCCACAUUUAUACCCACAUUUCUAAUUAUGCAGCGAUGAAAAACGACCCUGUGUAUAAACAACAACAAACAAACAAACAACAGCAAGAAACACAAAGGAAAUCCGCGGAGCGUCUCUUCUGUACAUGUUCUAUAAAAUACACCGUGUGUAUACUGGAUUAUUUUGUACCUUUAUUUACAUUUUCUGUCUCUUUAUUAUAACCAAUUUUACGCGUUAUAUGUGAGGACAAAAAAACUGGAUGGACUUUAUGACUUUCUGCUUUGAAGGAAAAAGGAUUAAAAAAAAUAAAAGUGAGUGAAGCAAUGAAAAGGAUUUAACACUCCACCCUGUCUACAUGAGAGAGAGAGAGAGAGAGAGAGAGAGAGAGAGAGAGAGAGAGGGAGUGUGUGUGUGUGUGUGAGAGAGAGAGAGAGAGAGAGAGAGAGAGGGAGUGUGUGUGUGUGUGAGAGAGAGAGAGAGAGAGGGAGUGUGUGUGUGUGUGAGAGAGAGAGAGGGAGUGUGUGUGUGUGUGUGUGAGAGAGAGAGAGAGAGAGAGAGAGAGAAUGUGGUUCUGUUCUGUGUGUGGAAUGAAGUUGUGAGUUUUAAAUUAAAUCAUUUCUGUGGUUUAUCUGUGAGACUGAGAUGUGUAAAUUAAUACAACAGACACUUCUGUGACA